CCGGCUAGAGGCUGAGGCUGAGCCGCGGUGCUAUUUCCUCCCUCUGCUCCAUAGACAGAGGCUGAGCAUGGAGCUGUCCCCCCGCAGCCCUCCAGAGAUGCUGGAGUCGGAUUGCCCGUCACCCCUGGAGCUGAAGUCAGCCCCCAGCAAGAAGAUGUGGAUUAAGCUUCGCUCUCUGCUGCGCUACAUGGUGAAGCAGUUGGAGAACGGGGAGGUGAACAUUGAGGAGCUGAAGAAAAACCUGGAGUACACAGCGUCUCUGCUGGAGGCUGUCUAUAUAGACGAGACGCGGCAAAUCCUGGACACAGAGGACGAGCUGCAGGAGCUGCGGUCGGACGCUGUGCCUUCGGAGGUGCGGGACUGGCUGGCCUCCACCUUCACCCAGCAGGCCCGGGCCAAAGGCCGCCGAGCAGAGGAGAAGCCCAAGUUCCGGAGCAUCGUGCACGCUGUGCAGGCUGGCAUCUUCGUGGAGCGGAUGUUCCGGAGAACCUACACCUCUGUGGGGCCCACCUACUCCGCUGCAGUCCUCAACUGUCUCAAGAACCUGGACCUCUGGUGCUUCGAUGUCUUUUCCUUGAACCGGGCAGCAGAUGACCACGCCCUGAGGACCAUUGUUUUUGAGUUGCUGACUCGGCAUAACCUCAUCAGCCGCUUUAAGAUUCCCACUGUGUUUUUGAUGACUUUCCUGGAUGCCUUGGAGACAGGCUACGGGAAGUACAAGAACCCUUACCACAACCAGAUCCACGCGGCUGAUGUCACCCAGACUGUCCACUGCUUCCUGCUCCGCACGGGGAUGGUGCACUGCCUGUCGGAGAUCGAGAUCUUGGCCAUCAUCUUUGCUGCAGCCAUCCACGACUACGAGCACACAGGCACUACCAACAGCUUCCACAUCCAGACCAAGUCGGAAUGUGCCAUCCUGUACAAUGACCGCUCCGUGCUGGAGAACCACCACAUCAGCUCUGUUUUCCGAAUGAUGCAGGACGACGAGAUGAACAUCUUCAUCAACCUCACCAAGGAUGAGUUCGUAGAGCUGCGGGCCCUGGUCAUCGAGAUGGUGCUGGCCACAGACAUGUCCUGCCAUUUCCAGCAAGUGAAGUCCAUGAAGACGGCCUUGCAGCAGUUGGAGAGGAUUGACAAGUCCAAGGCGCUGUCCCUCCUGCUCCACGCUGCUGACAUCAGCCACCCAACCAAGCAGUGGUCGGUCCACAGCCGCUGGACCAAGGCCCUCAUGGAGGAAUUCUUCCGCCAGGGUGACAAGGAGGCAGAGCUGGGCCUGCCCUUCUCCCCGCUGUGCGAUCGCACUUCCACUCUUGUGGCACAGUCCCAGAUUGGCUUCAUUGACUUCAUUGUGGAGCCCACCUUCUCUGUGCUGACGGACGUGGCUGAGAAGAGUGUUCAGCCCCAGGCAGAUGAGGACUCCAAGUCUAAAAACCAACCCAGCUUCCAGUGGCGGCAGCCUUCUCUGGAUGUGGAAGUAGGAGACCCCAACCCUGACGUGGUCAGCUUCCGCUCCACCUGGACCAAAUACAUCCAGGAGAACAAGCAGAAAUGGAAGGAACGGGCAGCAAGUGGCAUCACCAACCAGAUGUCCAUUGACGAGCUGUGCCCCUGUGAGGAAGAGGCCCCGUCCUCCCCUGCCGAAGAUGAACACAACCAGAAUGGGAACCUGGACUAGCCUGGGGCUGGCCCAGGUCCUCACUGAGUCCAGAGUGUUCGAUGUCAUCAGCACCAUCCAUCGGGACUGGCUCCCCCAUUUUCUCCAAGGGAGCAUGGAGGUUGCGAACAGACAACCCACCCGAAGGCCACAUGCCAGAGAUUGUGGGGUUGGGGGAAGGGCCCCUCCCCACCCGACACCCAUUGGGGUGCACUGUAAUCUCCCGGCAGCAGACUGGGGAACUUCAGGCUCCCAGUGGUCACUGUGCCCAUCCCCCUGCCCCUGGACUCCCCCCAUGGCCAGAUGGCUGGCUGGGAGGGGCGAGCUUCCUGGAGGCUUCCCAGGGCCUGGGGGGAGGGUCAGAGAUGCCAGCCCCUGGGCCCUCCCCCAUCCUUUUUGCCUCCAAGUUUCUAAGCAAUACAUUUUGGGGGUUCCCUCAGUCCCCCACCCCAGAUCUUAGCUGGCAGGUCUGGGUCCCCCUUUUCCUCCCCUGGGAGGGGCUGGAAUAGGAUAGAAAGCUGGGGGUUUUCAGAGCCCUAUGUGUGGGGAGGAGAGUAGGCUCCUUCAGGGCAUGGUACCUUUCUAGGGCCUGGGAGUUGGGGGGACAUCUUUACCCCAGACCUGCACUGCUUCAGCCCCAUCCCCAGCCCAAGUCCCUGCAGUCUUCCCUCUCUCCCAUUCUGAAACAGCGACUGGGGGAAGAGAGGACCCAGUGGGACCAGGGGCUGAGAGGCGGCCUUUCCUGGGGUCCUCAAGAACUUGGGACUGGUCCAGGCCCCUGGGGCUUAUCCCCCCGCCCCGGCUGAGUUCUGAGCCCGUGGCCUCCUUCCUCUCCCCUGGGGCUGGGAGGCUCCCAUCCGACCAAUGUCUGUAAAGUGCUUUGGGGUCUCCCCAGCAAAGCACCUUCAGGAUGCAUCUUCGAGCACAGGCAGGAGACUAGCUGGGUUGGGUCAAGGGUGCGUCGGGGGGGUGAGGUAUAUGCAGUAAUUCUGCAUUGCCAACAGAGAGGGCCCCUCCCCUCCCAGCACUGGCCCAGCUGCAGGCACCAAAAGGCCCCUCCCCUGGGACAAGUGGGGCGUGGUGGGUGCAAGGCAGUUGGGCAGGGGCUCUGGGCUGCUGCUGUCGUGUCCUCUGAAGUCCCCAGCCAGGCCCGUGCCCCUUCCUCUCCUCAGGCUCCUCUCACCCCACCUUGUCCCAGGGGAGGCCCGAGUCCAGGUGACUGCCCUCCUCCUUUCUUGUAAAUACCAACCAUGCAUUUGUACAGUGGGCCAUGUGUGUGUGGAGUCCCUAGCCACGGCCUCUUAGGCCUGCCCCCCGACACUUGUCCCUCCUGCCCCACUGUGAGUGGGGCAGAGAUGCAUGUGACUCACCCCUGCCCUUGGUCUCCCCGAACCCUGCUAUAGCCAGAGAUCAAUAAAGAAGGGAGACCAGGCCUGGCUGUGUUUGGUGUUCACUGGAUGGAAGUCCACCGAGCAUCUCCAUGUACGCUGUCUCUUAAGCUCGAUGAAACCCCGGUGCGGUGUUCUCCCUAUUACAUAGAUAGGGGGGCAAGCUGAGGCUCAGAGAGGUGAGGUCUUGCCCGAGGGCACACAGGAGGGAUGGCAGAAGUGAGAUCUUACACUUGCGAGGUUCUUUGCUCUCUCCAUCGCACUGCUUCUUCUGUAAGGCGGGCGAAUCUUGCCUUCCUGCCUCCCCUCCUCCUCCACCGCCUGGAAAAGUCAAAAGCAGUGGGCAGGAGGGGCCUGGCUGUGGGGGUCUGAGGAAGUUUCUUCACCGAUGCUCGGCUCCUGGCUUUUACCCUGGGCCCUUGGUGUCUAGGACAAAGGGAGGUGACCUUUCCAGUUCCCAGCAAGGGCCUCUUCCUUAAUAGCCACUGUGUUCUCAAUCCGUCUUUGCUAACGGGUUGGAAUGGGGGUGGUCUUCUCACAGCUGGAGGAGGGAGCAAUCCUGAAGCUGGGGAAUCACUGAGGCUGGGAGGGCAGGCAAGGAGCAUCCACACACCACCACACCCCUUUCACGGGCCAAGUGCCAGGGUGCAGUUCUCCCCUUUGUCCAGCAGACGGCGCCCAUAGCACAGUCACAGCUGGAUGGGGCUUAGAGCUCUGUCUUGCAGCUUCAGGGCAGCCCUGCCAGGUGGUUGUAUCUUUUCCUCAAAAAGAAAAGCGAACGCUGGCCAUCCUUCCUUCUUGUACCCUGGAAGUUAGUCCUCCCACAUAUCUGACCCCCGUCUCUUCCUGCAGCAAUUAAGGGCAGGCUUGGGG